AUGUUAUUUCACAAACAAUUAUUUGCCGCUUUAGCUUUAGUUCAAAUCAUCUUCGCAGCUGCUAUUCCAGCUUCAGGUCCAAGUAUUGAACCACAAGUUCAUGCUCAAAGAGUUGGUAAUGGUGAUCAAGUUCUUUUCUUCUUCAAUGCAGAUCCACCAAAAACUGGCUCAUUAUCAAUAAAAGGUUCAUUAACAGGAAAUGGUAUUUUAGAGGAUAAAAUUUCUAUAGUUGGUGGUAAAGAAGAUGGUAAACCAACUGUUGAAGAUAAAUCAUUCAAAGCUUCAUAUAAUAUUCCAGUACAAGGAACAGACUUAGAAGUUAUUGUUAGUGCUAAAGGUGAUGAUUUGAAUGGUAAUUUUUUGACUUUUGAAGCUACUUAUACUUACAAUGAUGGCACAUCUGUUACAUACGAUUCAUUAGUUGCUAAGAAUUAA